CAGCACAUGGAAUCAGGAAAUGAUACACAAAUUUCAGAAUUUUUUCUUCUGGGAUUUUCAGAGGAACCAGGAUUACAGCCCCUCAUCUUUGGGCUUUUCCUCUCCAUGUACCUGAUCACUGUCUUUGGAAACCUGCUCAUCAUCCUGGCUGUCAGCUCUGACUUCCACCUCCACACCCCCAUGUACUUCUUCCUCACUCAUCUGUCCUUUGUGGACAUCUGCUUCACCUCCACCACCAUCCCCAAGAUGCUAUGGGACAUCAAAACUCAGAGCAAAGUCAUAACCUAUGCAGACUGUAUCACUCAGAUGUACUUUUUCAUACUCUGGGCAGGAUUAGAUGUCUUUCUCCUGACUGUGAUGGCUUACGACCGCUUCGUGGCCAUCUGUCACCCCUUACAUUACAUGAUCAUUAUGAACCCCCGGCUGUGUGGACUGCUGGUUCUGGUGUCCUGGAUCAUGAGUAACCUUAAUUCCCUGUUACAAAGUUUAAUGAUGUUGCGGCUUUCCUUCUGUGCACACUUGCACAUCCCCCACUUUUUCUGUGAAAUCAAUGAGAUGCUCCAACUUGCCUGUUCUGACACCUUUCUUAAUAACUUGAUGAUAUAUUUUGCAGCUAUGUUGCUGGCUGGUGGUCCUUUUGCUGGGAUCCUUUACUCAUAUUCUAAGAUAGUUACCUCCAUACGUGGGAUCUCAUCAGCUCAGGGCAAGUAUAAAGCAUUUUCCACCUGUGCAUCUCACCUGUCAGUUGUCUCCUUAUUUUUUUGUACAAGCCUAGGAGUGUACCUUAGCUCUGCUGCCACCCAGAGCUCCCACUCCAGUGCUGUGGCCUCGGUGAUGUACACAGUGGUCACGCCCAUGCUGAACCCCUUCAUCUACAGCCUGAGGAACAGAGACAUAAAAAGUGCUCUGAAAAGAAUUGUUGGGGUUCCAGUGAUGUAA